CUCCGUCUCUCUGUAGGAUGUGGGAAGUGUUUCCACUGAGAUGAACUGGAAGGGAGUGGGAAUCUCACUUCUGGUCAUUACGUUUGUGCUGUCGCUGAUCGGAUUGUCCAUCUUUCUGCUGUCUAAAGGUGAUGCUCACCACACUCUGAGAUCCUGUCUGACCCUGGAUGACCUUUUCUCCAGUGAGCUGCAGGAUCAUGAUCUUGAAGCGCAGUGGGUUUCUGCUCAACGACUCGUCUACAAGGACAGAGAUGGACAUCUAAAGAUUCUGAACAUGGAGAUCAAUCAGACGGAGGUUUUAAUGAAAAACACCACAUUUGCAGAGUUCGAGGCCUCCAAGUUUGUUGUGUCACCAGAUCUCAAAUACGUUUUACUGGCAUAUGAUGUCAGAAAGGUGUAUCGAUACUCCUACCUGGCAUCUUACUUGAUCUACAACAUACAAACACGGUAUUACACAUACAGACAGGCACUAUGCAUAGGAGGACUGUUAUUUCUGUGA